CUCUGAUCCUUGAGUGUUGUUUGACCUCAUAUCACUGAGAGUUCCUCUGGUGAGCAGAGUCAAGAUGUGGACACUAGGUCUUCAGGUGGCUGUCAUCUGUGUUUUCCUACAGGUGCCAGGUUGUUUCCUAUCAUGCCUCAUCGUGAACUCUGUAGCCAACUGUGCCUACAAGAACCUCCGCUCGGUUCCUCCCCUCCCUCCUCACAUCACCCACCUGUACCUGGAGGGGAACCGCAUCAGUGAGAUCAACUCCAACUCCCUGUCGAGCCUGAAGGAGCUGCAGGAGCUGGACCUUGGAGGACAGUUUGUGCGUCUCAUGAUCAGGAACAAUGCCUUCAGGGAGCAAAGACACCUGAGGAGGCUGGAGCUCGGUGGCAACGUCCACCUUCAGCUGGAGCCGCAGGCUUUUGUGGGACUGUCCAGUUUGCAGAAUCUCUACUUAUAUCACUGUUCGCUCCAACAGUCUAUACUGGAGGAGGACUACCUGGAGCCACUCACCUCUUUAGAGACUCUUGACCUCUUUGAUAACAAGAUAAAGAGACUCCAGCCUUCAAUGUUCUUUGCAAACAUGACUAAUUUGAAAAUUUUGAAUCUCAAACUGAAUGAAAUUGACAAAAUAUGUGAGUCUGAUCUGGUAGGUUUUCAGGGAAAGCACUUUGAGGUUCUGAAUUUAGACUCUGUUUUCCUUAAGACCAUGUUUAAAAAACGUGACUGGCAGAAAUGUGGGAAUCCUUUCAGGGGGAUGUCCUUUCAGACACUCGACCUGUCCAACAACGGGUUAAGCGUGAGUAAAUCGAAGCAGUUGUUCACAGCCAUUAGGGGGACCAAGAUUUCCCAUCUCAAACUGUCACUGGGACUCAUGGGUAAAGGAUUUUCAUUCAGUAAUUACCCUGAUCCAGACAGCAGCAUGUUUGAAAGCCUGAAUGACAGUUCAGUCCACACUCUGGAUCUGUCUAAAAACAAGAUAUUUGCACUCCAAGAAGGGGUUUUCAGUGCACUAAAAGAAGUUGCAAUCAUUGACGUUUCCCAAAACAAAGUGAAUCAGAUACACAGAAAUGCCUUCGAAGGCCUUCAGGGACAUUUAGAAAUGCUCAACCUGUCAUACAACCUGCUGGGGGAAAUCCAUUCUGACACUUUUGCUUCUCUGACAAACCUGCAGGUGUUGGACUUGUCUUAUAAUCACAUUGGUGUUCUGGGUCACGACUCAUUUAGUGAACUUCCCAAAUUAAAAGUAUUAAAUCUAACAGGAAACUCUCUGCGAGACAUUGGCUUCCCUGCCUUACUUCCGAGUUUAGAUUACCUUCUGUUGAGUGACAAUAAACUGAUAGACUCGCCGGGGAGAAUUAUCCAUAGGUUUGCUGGGGAUAUUUUGCAUCUGGACAUUCGGGAUAACAGAUUAACAAACCUGGGGGGUGUUUAUACCCUCGUGACUCUACUGGACCACCUUCAGCAUCUCUCUUAUGGAGGAAACCCAAUCAAGUGGUGCAAUCUCGGCAGAGAAGUGAGGUUCAUUGAUUCGAAUAAUGUCACAACCCUGGAUCUUCACGGCAGCUCCCUGCAGUCUGUCUGGUCUCAGUGGACAUGUCUGGAUCUGUUUGACAAUUUCGGACAUGUGAUUACUCUGAACUUGAGCCACAACGCGCUGCAGUCUCUUCCUAGGGGCAUUUUCAAGGGUCUCACCUCAGUUGUGGAGAUGGACCUCUCAUCCAACAGCUUGACUUAUCUCCAGCCUGAUGUAUUGCCCAAAAGUCUCAAAGUACUCGACCUCUCCAACAAUUUCAUAGCCUCCCCUGACCCUGAUGCUUUUCGCUCUCUCAGCUCCCUUGACCUGAACAUGAACCGAUUUCACUGUGAUGCAAACCUGAAGAGUUUUCUGAAUUGGGUAACCAACACCAACGUGACACUCCUGACACCUGUCAAGGAGCUCAAAUGUGAAUUUCCAUCUGAUUUCUAUAAUGUUCCUCUGUUACGAUUCUCUGAUGACAUCACACAGCAGUAAAGUAGCAACUAAAAGCCAACACAUAACGGAUAAUGUACAGCGAGUGGGCCAUUAUUGAGAAAUAAACCUGCAGAGGGGUCUUGAAUCACCAUUUCUGUACAUAAUCCCACUUGUUACAUGGCCACCUACUAAUCAAGUCAAUAAUUUGACACAAAAUAUGAAUUUAAAAAGCUUUUACUGAUAUGAAAAUGAUUUUAUUGCUUCUGCUGGCGUCUAUGAUCAGAACUGCGUCCAUAGCAACGGUCUAUUUUUCAUCCUAGUGGUCUGCUGUUCAGGAAUAUGUAUGUUCUUUCAAUGUGACGCCUGUGGAAUGAACACAUGUUGACUUGUUGAAUAUCUGUAUGAUCUCAAUUUGUAAUAAGAGCCAGAUAAUGAUAAUCUCAGAAAAAAUUAAAGUUAGUUAAAAAAAAAAAAAAAUCCAGACAAUAAUAA